GGAAACUAGGAAGAGAAACUUGGAGCUGGCAAGGCACUUCUGCCAUCCAUCUCUGCUCUUUCUGUUCCUCGUGGCCGGGGCCGCGCCGAGCAGUCGGGAACCCUGGCCAUGGAGCAGCCCGGGACUUCCGCAGAGUGAGGCGCGGGGCGUUCCGCGAGCUCCCCUGUCAGGCCGGGGGCGGGCAGGCGGGAGGCGUCGCUUCAGCGGCGGCCGCCGGCCGGGGCCCGGGCCCCCAGCAUCAUGAACAUAGACGUGGAGUUCCACAUCCGGCACAACUACCCCUGGAGCAAGUUGCCGGCCAAUGUGAGGCAGAGCCUUGGAAAUUCACAGAGAGAAUAUGAAAAGCAGGUGGUUCUAUACAGUAUCCGCAAUCAGUUACGGUACAGAAAUAACUUAGUUAAACAUGUCAAGAAAGAUGAACGCAAAUACUACGAGGAACUCCUGAAAUAUAGUCGAGAGCAUCUCAUGCUGUACCCUUAUCAUUUGUCGGAUAUUAUGGUUAAGGGCCUGCGGAUAACACCAUUUUCAUAUUACACUGGGAUUAUGGAGGAUAUUAUGAACAGUGAGAAAAGUUAUGAUUCAUUGCCCAAUUUUACUGCUGCUGACUGUCUAAGACUUCUUGGCAUAGGAAGAAACCAGUACAUUGAUCUUAUGAAUCAGUGUAGAUCAUCAAAAAAAUUUUUCAGACGGAAAACAGCCCGUGAUCUUUUACCAAUAAAGCCAGUGGAAAUUACCAUAGAGGCAUGGUGGGUGGUGCAGGCUGGAUAUAUCACAGAAGACGACAUAAAGAUAUGCACUUUGCCUGAGAAAUGCGCUAUUGAUAAGAUCAUCGAUUCAGGUCCUCAACUCUCUGGAUCACUAGAUUACAAUGUAGUACAUAGUUUAUAUAACAAAGGAUUUAUUUAUCUGGAUGUACCAAUAUCUGAUGACAGCUGUAUAGCAGUUCCUCCUCUUGAAGGUUUUGUAAUGAAUCGAGUACAAGGUGAUUAUUUUGAAACUCUACUCUAUAAAAUAUUUGUUUCAAUAGAUGAGCACACUAAUGUUGCAGAGCUUGCAAAUGUCCUCGAGAUAGACUUAUCCCUGGUUAAGAAUGCUGUUUCAAUGUAUUGCCGAUUGGGCUUUGCCCAUAAGAAGGGACAAGUAGUCAAUUUGGAUCAACUUCAUUCGUCGUGGAGGAAUGUUCCCUCUGUAAACAGAUUAAAGAGUACUUUAGAUCCACAAAAGAUGCUCCUGUCGUGGGAUGGUGGUGAAAGUAGGAGUCCUGUACAAGAAGUUUCAUCAGCUACUGAUACCGAUACAAAUAGUCAAGAAGAUCCAGCUGACACAGCCAGUAUAAGCAGUUUGAGUCUGUCUACAGGACAUACAAAGCGUAUUGCAUUCCUAUUUGACUCAACUCUUACUGCCUUUUUAAUGAUGGGAAAUCUUUCACCAAACUUGAAAAGUCAUGCAGUCACAAUGUUUGAAGUUGGCAAACUCUCAGAUGAGUCUCUGGACAGCUUUCUUGUAGAAUUAGAAAAGGUUCAAAGUACUGGUGAAGGAGAAGCACAGAGAUAUUUUGAUCAUGCACUUACUCUGAGAAACACAAUACUGUUUCUGCGUCAUAAUAAAGAUCUAGUUGCGCAGACUGCGCACCCAGACCAACCCAAUUAUGGUUUUCCUCUGGAUCUCUUACGCUGCGAAAGCCUUCUUGGUUUGGAUCCUGCAACUUGCAGCAGAGUUCUCAACAAAAAUUACACGUUGCUUGUUUCCAUGGCUCCUCUCACCAAUGAAAUCCGGCCCAUCAGCAGCUGUACACCUCAGCAUAUUGGACCAGCUAUCCCAGAAGUCAGUUCUGUCUGGUUUAAACUGUACAUUUAUCAUAUCACUGGGCAUGGACCACCAUCUCUCUUACUGUCCAAAGGUACAAGACUUCGAAAACUGCCAGAUAUAUUCCAGGGUUAUGAUCGAUUACUAGUAACAUCUUGGGGUCAUGAUCCUGGGGUAGUUCCUACUUCAAAUGUGCUCACGAUGUUGAAUGAUGCUUUAACACAUUCUGCGGUUCUAAUUCAGGGACAUGGUUUGCAUGGGAUAGGAGAAACUGUCCAUAUACCGUUUCCAUUUGAUGAAACUGAACUACAAGGAGAGUUUACUCGUGUCAAUAUGGCUGUUCAUAAAGCAUUGCAAAUGUUAAGGAACAAAGUGGACUUGCAGCAUUUCUGUGGAUAUGUCACCAUGUUGAAUGCUUCUAGUCACCUUGGAAACAGAAAACUCAGUGAUGCCUCUGAUGAAAAAGGGGAACCUGAUUUGGCCUCUGGCUCAGAUGUAAAUGGGAGCACGGAGUCAUUUGAAAUGGUCAUUGAGGAAGCAACUGUGGAUUCAACAACAAAGCAAAACUCUGUUGCCACAACAGAAGGAGAUUGGGUUCCUCUUGAACUGUGCUUUGGAAUUCCACUGUUUAGUUCUGAAUUAAACCGGAAGGUUUGUAGGAAAAUUGCUACACAUGGCCUUUGCAGAAAAGAGAGCCUUCAAAACCUCUUACAUUCCAGUAGAAAACUCUCUUUGCAAGUCCUUAACUUUGUUCACUCAUUCCAGGAAGGUGCUUCAAUGCUGGACAUUCACACAGAGGCCAGCUUUUCCAGUUUGCUUUCACAGUCAUCUUAUGCUGAUAUGGGAGUUGCACUUCCUGCAAAGAACUUAAUAUUUAAAGAUGGCAUCUUAUCAGAAUGGAGCGGACGGUCACCUUCCUCACUUCUUAUUGCUAAUCUCCAUUUGCAAUAAUUUGGUUACGCCAUUUGUUGCUCACCUUCUGCCUUUUUUCUUUCUUAGCUUUAGCUUUAGAGUGCCAGCCUCUAAAAAGCACCCUGCUGCUGCAGUGUAGUUCAUGCUUAAAUGAUGUUAAAAGUUUGGGGAACAUGUUAAUGUUUUCUAAAGUUUUGCUCAUUAUUGCACGUCCUAAUGCAACAAAGAGCUUUUUAGCAGCUAGCACUGUAUUUUUUACCUUGAGACAAUCUGCAUUUCUUUUAUAAAACUGAGGAUAUACUUUAUAGGCUUUAUGAUGACUGUUAUGUUUAUACACAGUCACCAUGAAUAUUGCAACAGUAAUUUUAUAUGUUAGUUUACCAAACAUAAAUCUUGUUUAAUUUUAUAUUUUGUUACCUAUACUUUAGGGGAUCAUAGGAAGAGAUGGAACUCUUCCUCUAAAAAGGCUUCUUGAUACUGAAAGUAGCAAAACUGUAAAAACAAUAUACAUUCAGUACUGAGAGAUGAUGUGGGGCAUUAAGUAUUCCUGUGGAUGUCUGUAAAUUAUGUAAAUCAGUUGAACAUUAUUGAAGGUAUGUAAAUCAGCAUAGUCAUAUGUAACUUAACCUUGAUUUAUAAGGUCUUAAUUCAGACUAUAACAAUUAAUUGGCAUCUCAUAAGAAGCUUUGGAAAACAUUCUAUUUUUAAACAAUGUUUAUAUGUGGACUUCGGUUGUCACUCUCUUUGGGCUUUAUAUUUUCAUAGAGUCUUUAUGGGAAAAUAGAAUUUUUUUCCACCCUAAUAUCCGUGGCUGCUGCACGUUUUCACCCUGAUUUUAUUUUUUGUUUAGUAGCUGCACCAGUGAAUUGUUUUGAAAUUGAAUUUGAUGUUUUCAAACCAAGGAUUGUGAUUUUAGGCUAGAAUUACAUAUUGGAAGCAUUAAGGCUAUGUCUUCUGAUCAGAACACUCUAGUGAUAUGCCUACUUUGAAGACAUAUUCUUAAGCAUUCUGGAUCUUAAAUUUAUGUGAAUAGUUUUGGAGAAAAAUGAUAAAAAUUGAAUAAUUUCAGUGUUUCUCAAGUCAUUGAUUCUUUUAGUAUCUCAAAUGUUCGUUAGAAUAAUUGGAAUCACUUUUUAGAUUUUUGAAGCUACCUUCCUUAGGAAGUUUGUGCAGUGUUAUAGUUUAGUUUAGCUCCUCUAGAGGAUAAUCAGUUACUAGUAACUGUAACUAAACUAACUGGUCAAACAUGUAUUGAAAACACUUAUAAAGCAUUAGAAAAUUUGGGAAUGUUAUAACCUAAUCAUUUUUGCUUAUACUUUUUUUUGUUAUUUAUAGACCUAUUUGUGUAUUUAACCUACUUCUGGAAAUAUAUACCUUUCUUAAAACAAUAUAAACAUGCAUUCAAUACCAUGGCCUAUCUAUAGAAUUGAGUGUUUUGGACCAGGUUGCCUGUGGCACAGUCAGUGCUGUGUUUGGGGUAAAUGCAGUAAUGUUUAAUUUUCUACUUAGUCUUAUAUGAGGUAGAAACCAAGUAUAUGUUAUAAAUGUUUGUCUAUAAAAGGAAAAAUACAUACUAAUAUUAAAAUAA